AUGUCAAAUGACGAGACACAAAUCCAAAAUCAUAGGAGAGACGCUCUAAAGGCCUCUGCUAUACAUGACAUUGUUGAGAACAUCGAUAGCUUCAAUAUAGAGGCAAAGACGGAGAAUUUGCUAGCACUUAUGAAGCGGAGGGAUGUUGUUCCUUUUCUGGAGGCAGUUGUUAAACUUCGAGUUCCUAAAGAUGAUUUGAAUUCGGAGUUGCUUGCUAAUUUGGUAAAGCGCAUCAAUCGCCACUUUCCUGGAACUAGAGAAUGGGCGGUCCUAGAAGGAAUGGAAAUAGUGAAGGAUAUUUUAAUCAAGUUACCAAAAAUUGGAUUUGAUUCAGGCAAGGCAAUGGAUCUGAGAAAUCUUGGACGUUUUCUGGGACUUUUGAUACGCCACGAUAUUGACUUUGACAUUGUGAAUCAGCUGCGUGAAGCAAUGCGAAGCAGCACCGAUGAUUUGCGCUAUGUCGUUCCGUUUGUAUGCCAGUUUCUGUCGGGUGGUGCUUCAAUUCCUAUGAAAUUUAAAAUUUUGAAAUUGUUGAAGCUGAUUCAUGACAAGGACAGUAAGAUAAAAGAGGUUAAAAGCGAGAUUGAACUCUUGUUUGAAACCCUCGAAAUCGAUAUGCACACUUUUCCAAGUGCAAAGCACGUGGGUGCAAGUGGUGUUCAAGGACAAAAUCCCACCAACCACAGUGAUUAA